GAAUGGUAAUGGAAUUGCUCAAAUUGUCCAAGUUCAAGCUCCAACUUCGAGCUCUUGUCACUGAAGUUCGGGAGCUCAGAGAAAGGGAACGCACAACGGCCGAACAACACCAACACGGAAUUGAGAAGCAUAAACAAAGCGAGGAAGAGCAUAACAGAAAAAUACAGGACCUGCAAGCCGAGUUAGCUUCAGUCAAAGAAGAGUGCCAGAAACUCGAAGGAGGGUGCGUGAAUUAUCUUCAGAACGACAAUGCUUUGCUUGAAAUCCAGCAAAAAGAGUUGAAGGAUACCAUACAAAGCCUACUUUUGUCCAGGGAAAAUUUCAUGCAUGCUUACGAGGAAACCACUUCUGAAAUGCGACGUUCAAUUGAAACCAAAGAUAGAAAGCUCAACGUUCUUUCUGAGAAGAUAAACGCCCACCUCUUGUUAUUCAAUUCAAUAGAGAAGGAGGUGUUUUCUAUCAAGCAAAUUGUUGAUAACGUCCACAGCCUUGUCAAUGAAAAAGAGAAAAUAGUGGCUGAGUUGAGAAACAAAAUGGAUCAAAUCUCCACAUUUGAAAAAGCAUUUGUAGAGAAUAUCACCGACUCGAGAAAUAAACUGGAAAAGAUUGAAGAUGAGUUGAGAAGAAAGGAUAAAUUCAUCUCAGAGUUAGAAGCAAAGCUAGAUGCAGAAAAACUCAGCAACAAUAGCCCACCUCAAAUUGAAGAUCUUCAGAAAACUUUAUCAGUAAAGGACGUGAUGAUACAGAACUUAAUUUCAGAUAAAGAGGCAUUGCAGUAUGAAGUUGGAAGUUUAAGAUUCGUCCUACAGAAGAUUAACGCCACUGUCAGAAAUAUGAAUGAGGAGGACAAAAGUUUAUUCUGUUCAAUAUUGCAACAUAAUGAAGCGUCUGGAAUGGAUAUGAAGGUUGAAGAAAACAGGAUGGAAGAUGUAGCUCAAGACGAAGAAGAGAAUGAUCAAGAACCCGUGGAAUCACCCUCUUAAAUACAGGUUUGAUAUGUAUGUGCUUUUCCUCUCUGAAUUCUAGCAUAGUCGUCGGAGGUUAACAUUUCAAGUUAUCUACAGAAAUCUAUGUGAUUUACCAUCCAUUUGAAUGGCAGAUGUAUGCAUAAGAAACACUUCCUUACUUCCUUUGAACUAUGGCGGUCAGAGUACAUAAUUUAUCCUUCAAAGUGAAAUAUUCAAUUCUUCUGGGGUUGCAUUUUUUGCGUUUGGCUGGUUCAGCUUCAGAUAUACUGAAUUGACAUUUGUCAGCAAAUUUUUGUUAUUUUA